UUUAAAUCGAAAAGAGAAUGAGUAACUAAUCACCCAUAAGAUUAGUAAUGUAUUUCUUUAAUUUCAUGUGCUCAUAUUGUAUUUUUCUUUUAACUAGUGUAACUUAAAUGUAACCUGUAUAACAUACUAUGCAAUCAAAAACAUGUUCGUUGAUUUUAAAAGAUUAACACAUGUGAUAGAUAUUAUGACUUAUAUAAGUUAUUCUUAAAAUAAAACAAUCGUAAUUACUUUUAAGAAAUUAUGAAGAGAUUCAGAAUUCAUGAAAAAUCAAUACAAAUUAAAAAAGUAAUUAUGGAUGAAGAAAUGCAAAUGGACGUUAUAAGCACUGUUAUUGCAGCAUUGCACAUGUAUGGAAAUGAAUAUACAAAAAUGAAAAAGUUCAUAGAAAACAAACUGAAUAAACGUUAUCUUCCUACAUGGCAUUACAUAACUGGUUAUGAUGUGGAUAGGUUACUCAUUACUAAUGCCUGUUCAAUACUUCAUUUCAUUCAAAUGUGAAGAGAAGAAUGUUACUGUUUUUAAAACAAUCUAAAUAUAAUAUGAUUACAAACAUUCAUUUAUUAUAUUUCUUUUCAAUUCCUU